UUACAUCUCUAAUGUGAACUGUCAAAUUACACGCACUUUAAUUUUUCCUUAGUUUUUUAGUUAACUUUUAUAGAAAAGAAAAAACUCAUAAACUAAAAAAAAUCUGAUAAAAUAGCUACUACUUAAAUUAGAAGAGUGCCCAAAGAAAUAACAGCAAAAUUCUGAAAAUCAUCCGGCGAAAAUUCAGUGAGGCGAGGUAUACAAAGUACAGCAAUGCCUCAACAACAUAACAAACCGCAGCAGCAAACAAAUCAAAAUGCCAACAUUGCCUGUAGUAAGAAAAAAAGAAAUCAACAAAAUCAAAAAAUGCACGAUAAAGAAUGUGCAGGCGAUGGUGGUUCUAUAAAACAAAAACAGCAACACUCCGAAUGCCACGCCAUGAAGGCGAAAAAACCAUUGCAACAAACAGCUGAUCACUGCAAUAAAACAACAAAUAAAGGACAACCGACAAUUGUCGGAAUGUGUAUGGAGCAAUUGCAGCGUCAAAUGCAAUCAAUGUUAUCCUGCAAUGAGGCUAAAGAAAAUCCAAAAGUUUGUAGAAGCCGCAAAAAUUCCGGAUCUCAAUGGGGCUCGCGUCGAAAUUCCCUUGAUCAACAACACGAGACUAACCAUAACACAACCCAUGAUCAGCACCCCGAUUCCGAGAAUAGACCGUUAAGUAAAUCAGCUCGAUUACGCCGAAGACGCAAAGCAGCACAACGUAAUAAAUAUGUUGCUAUUGAUUGUGAGAUGGUAGGAGUGGGUCAUAACGGACAAGAUGAUAUGUUAGCCCGAGUAUCAAUCGUAAAUAGAAAUGGCGAAGUUUUAUUGGACAAAUUUGUUAAGCCAUGGUUAAAAGUUAUUGAUUAUAGAACUAGCGUUUCUGGCAUUAGACCUGCGGACAUUGAAGAUGGUGAAAACUUUAAUGCCGUUCAAGAUGAAGUUGUUGAGCUUCUCCAAGGCAAAAUUCUUGUCGGCCACGCCAUACGCAACGAUUUAGCCGUGUUACACAUAAAACAUCCAUAUAAAAAUAUACGCGACACUGCCCGCUAUAAGCCACUGUGCCGUCUCGUUUCCAAUGGACGAACGCCAAGCCUUAAAUUACUCAGCCAAUCUAUUUUAGGUAUGGAAAUACAGACCGGUGAACACAAUUCUGUGGAAGAUGCGCGAGCUGCUAUGAAAAUUUAUAAUCACUUAAGUAGCGAGUGGGAAAAAUAUUUACAGAAACAACAAGGGCAACACAAAUAAUAAUAAUUCAAAUAAGUUCAUAACACCAACCCGCCACCAAUAUUUUUCUAUUCUUAGUCAAUGUACUAAUUAAGUGAAUUACGCUUAAGCUGCUGCAGCAUAUCUCACGUCAUGACAUCAAUAAAUAUGAUAAAAUAAUAACAAACAAACAAACAAGUAUUAAAAAUUUAAAGCACAGAUACAAUUUAAAUACAGAAUAUUCUUACCCAUGGCAAUGUAACAAUUUUCGAUGUUCAAAUUUCAAAUGACUCUAUAACUUUGUUGUUCUUGAAUUUGCAAUUUGAACAAGUAUCAGUUUUGUAGUGCGUUUUAUGUUGCUUAUUUCAGUUGUAAAUGUAAUUGCUAGAAGAGGAAGAUUAACAUUUGUCAAAGAUAUCAACAAAGAAUGUUAAGAAUUAUUCGACAUAAUUAUAAUACAUUAAAAAAUGUUCUGUUUUAUAUA